GACCCGAACUCAUAACUAUAUUUAUGGUAUCACAGAGUUCGGGCCAAAAACAGGCCUAACCCCUGUGGAUUAGAGUUAAGAAAUAAGUGUGUCGCUAUCCAUUAGCCUUCGAAAUUAAGCUGGAAUGCGGUACUAUGAACUGACAACGAUAAAAGAUUUCAAGGACAUUGGAAACUAGAUCAAGGAAAAAAUACGAAACUAAAGUUGAAGGUAUUCUCGGUCGGGAAUAUCUUAAAUGCAACUGGCUGGUAUAACUCAGCCUGCCUCCUGCUUCACGUUGAUCUUUAGCUGGCUCCGUACAUCACGGGAUGUCAGGAAAAAGUACGAAACAAAGAGUAGCUGUGAUAGGUGCCGGAGUGGCAGGUCUUUGUAGUCUGAAGCAUUUGGCUGAACAUCCCGAUAUCUUUGAACCGGUGGCGUUCGAAAAGAAUUUCUGGUCGGGAGGGAUUUGGAAUUACAGCGAUCAGAAUGGGAAGGACGAUUUCGGAUUUCCGAUACAUUCUGCGUUAUACAACAGUCUUAAAAUAAAUGUUCCCAAGGAACUCCAGGAGUUUCCGAGUUUUCCGUAUCCCAAGGAAUGGAAGAUGUCCUACAUCAGCCGUCAGCAAUGUCUGGAAUACAUCAACAGGUUCACGGAUCACUUCAAACUCAGACAGUACAUCCGGACUCAUACCCAGGUUCGGAAUGUUCAACCACUCAAGGACUUCCAGAAAAACGGUCAUGUGAAGUGGCUGGUGACGUAUUCGCCAUUGAAUCAUUUUUCAGAGGUCAAAUCCGAGGUGUUUGAUUCCGUAAUUGUCUGUAAUGGACACGACUUUAACGACUAUACGCCAAAUAUUCCUGGAAUGGACGUAUUUGAAGGAAGAAUGAUUCACAGCAAGAACUUCCGGUACGAGGAACAGUUUGCUGGACUUCGUGUGGCUGUUCUUGGUGUUCAUUAUUCCGGAGAAGACAUCUCUAUGCACGUGUCACGCUUCGCUAGAAAGGUGUACGCAUGCCACAGAAGAAAGCCCCAGGAGUUUCCUCCAUCUUACCCACAGGAGAUAGAACAAAGACCCCCGUUCGUGCGCAUGACAAAAGAUUCAGUGGUCUUCCCUGAUGGCAGUUCUGUGAAGGUCGACGCCGUCAUAUUCUGUACCGGAUAUCGAUUCUCAUUUCCGUUUCUGAAAGAUGACGUCAUCACAAUCAAGGACGAACGAAUCGAGCCCAUAUACAAACAUAUGGUCCACAUCGAGUAUCCGAAUCUGAUUUUUGUUGGAAUCCCUCGGCAAUGGUCCUACUUUCCUCACUAUCAUGAAAUGGCAAAGCUUGCUGCUCUGAUGUUGGCAGGGAAAGUGAAACUACCGUCAAAAGAAGCAAUGCUGGCGGAGAGCGAAGCUGACUUUCAGUCUCGUUUGAAGGAGGGGAAACCACCAUCUUUUGCCCACUAUAUGGGAGAUAUUGAUCGUCAGUUCCGGUAUAACGAGGAACUUGCUAAAUUAGGUGGGUUUGACCCGCUCCCGCCUGUUAUUGAAAUGCUGUGGGAUGAUGCUAUGGAUGAGAGAUACAUGAAUUUACAACAUUGCACUAAAAUUGAUUACGCCAUCACCGGACCGAAAUCUUACCGAUGUCUAAAUCCGGAAAAAGUGAGAUCAAGACAAUCCAAAGCUGAUAAUGCUUUACAAAGAUAACUACAUUGGAAUCUUGCUUGUCGAGCGACUGUUAGAGUAGAUUUUCUUGGAAUAGAAGUCCUUCUCUCUUUCAUAUCCACGAUCUAGAGAAAGACAACAGCUACAAACGCUUGAGAUGAAGUUAAUUCAGUUGUAUUCAAUGUAUCAUAUGUAACAGUUAUUUUGUACAAAUUCGUUCUUGUUCGGUUUCUACAUUGCACUUAGCAUUUGAUUUUUUUUAUUAGUGCAAAUUUCAUAUUUGGCACCGCAACAUGUAAUGGCAUUACAAUUUUGAGAUUUUGAUCCUUUACUUUACGCAUGCGCGUUUCUGUCAUUUUCUUAGAUACCAAACUAGUUUAUUAGACUGGGAAUUGUACAUGUACUUGUUUGGAAUUUGUUUUGAUUGUAAAAACGAUAAUGUCGUCCCGACAGGUAGAAAUGUCUGUAACUGCACACCGAAAUAGACCAGGGGUACGCCAGCCCUUUUCAAUGUCAGACGAAUUUAUGUACAGAUUGGUGCACAUCAUACAAGUACAUGUACAUCCAUUAACUCUGACGAUCUAAAUAUCCAAGAUAUCAGUAUCUAUGACAGAUAUGCUAUUUAAUCGUAUUGUACAUUACUUAAUCAUGAAACAUUUAAUGCUGCCAAGAACUUCGUCAAAAGAUGUUACAUUGGCCAGCGUAUAAUAUCCAGAACGUUAUUUUAACGACUUCAGAUAUUUAUAUUAAAUAUGUACAACA